UUUUAUAACUGAAUUCACAGUUUAAGGUGCUAGUCUUUUUGAGUUCUAAUUUAUGCAAUGUCAUUCUUCUUAAUCUUACACAAAACUACGACCCAUAGAUAUAAAAUAGAUUCAUGAUGUCAAUUUGACAGAUGCAAUUGUAUUUUUGUUGAUUGGUAUUUGGAAAACUAAUUUACCGGUUAAUUUAUUAAUUAUUUCGAAUAAGUAAUGUACUGAAAUAAUAAUUAAAAAUGUCAAGAGAUAUUACUGUACUCGUACCGAACGGCAGAAGAAUUAAAGUUCACUGCACAGCUGAUACAAAUAUAUUGCAGCUUCUUGAAGAUGUCUGUGCCAAACAGGGUUUCCAACCAACUGACUAUGAUUUGAAGCAUCAUAAUCACAUACUAGAUUUAACAACAACUAUUCGAUUUUGUAACUUGCCCAAUAAAGCUGUCCUUGAAAUGGUAGAAGCAGAAAAGAAGAGAAUAGAAUCAAAUGUUACUAUUGGUUUAACAUUGAAUGAUGGUGAAAGAAUUAUGGGAGAUUUCACACCAAAUACUUCGCUUUAUGAUCUCAUAAUGUCUUUGGCUCCAAGUGAGCUGACAUCUUUAGAAAAUCCCACCAUUUUGUAUAUGAGACAAGAAGUAACAGGAAUAUCUGCUUUAAAAGAAAAGACUUUGAGGAAGAUAGGGCUAAUAGCAGGAAGAGCCAUUCUUAGAUUGUUGGAUAAAUCUCCUGAUCCUAUCCAAGCUAAUGUGUCAAGUGUAUAUCGCCGUGUACAACCUGAAACAACUGAAAGUGCUGCUCAGCACACUGAACUUGACAAUCCAGGCCCAUCAGGUGUCAAAGAUAAAGAUAUAAAAAAAACAUUUGAUCCUAUAAAACUGAUACAAAAAGAGAAGGAACAAAAGCAUCAUGAAACAGACCAAACUAGAGGUGAUGAAGGUAUUAUUCCAGAGAGCACAGAAACUGAUGAUGAAAAAACCAAGAAAAUCAGUGAAAAUCCUACUACACAUACUGAUUCACAGCCAACAAUGUCGUCUGAACCUCAGAAACAGCUACUGACACAAGAGAAUCUUGAACGACGGCUAAGAAUUGAAGAGGAAGUUACUUUUGUGGGAACACAAAAAGCAAUUGCAUUUAAACAACCAGAGAUGGCUGAAGACGAAUUAUCAGACCUGCCGGAUGAUUUCUACGAGCUGUCUAUAGAAGAAGUGAGGAAGAUGUAUCACGAGUUGCAGCAGCAGCGCAUAGUGCUGGAGAACACGCCAAUGCUCACUGCCGCUAAACGACAGGAGCUUGAACAACAGACAUCAGUACAAAAGCUAAACACAUAUAAAAAUGUGGUUGUCCGUGUACAAUUUCCCGACAACAUGAUACUUCAAGGAGUGUUCACUCCCACCAACACUAUAGAGGAUGUUCAGUUGUUUGUUAGGGAACAUCUGCACAACCAAGACAAACCUUUUCAUAUAUUUACAACCCCGCUCAAAGAAACUUUAGACCCCAAAAUGACAUUACUGGAGGCAAAGUUUGUGCCCUGUGUUCAUAUGCAUUUCAAAUGGUUAGAAGACAGCACACAUCCCUUGUACUUAAAAGAAGAAAUUUACACAAAGAAAACAUCAAGUGACGCUGCCAGUAUUCUAGCCUCAAAGUACCGUGCACCUAACAGGAGAAAACUGGAGGAUACAUCAAGCAGUUCCCAGAAAUCAAACCCCACUUCAUCAACAUCCAAGCAAAGUAAAGUUCCCAAGUGGUUUAAAACAUAAUUAGCUUUUAUAUUUUGCUGAAGAGCUCAAUACAUUAUUUUACAGCUGGUUCGUAAAUUAUUAUUAUUUAUAACUAUAUAAAAAUAUAUAAUAUGUUACAGGUUAGAUAUUGGUUGUGUAGAUCGAGCGUCAUAUGUUUGAACGAAGGCUAGCCAUAGGAAAAGGCAUUCCUAUGGCUAGCCUUCGUUACAAGAUGUACAGUUUGUAUGUAAAAAUUUUAAUAAAAAAAAUUCAACCGACUUCCAACUCAAAAAAUAACUUUAACUAAAACGCAAAAAAUAACAUCCUACCUAUGUGCUACCUUCUGAUCAGUUUGAAGGCGGUGCCAAGCCAGUGAUGUUUUAAUUAAACACGUUUAAACUACAAAAUUUAUGUGGUUCUUUCAGAAACAGCUUUAAUUAAAACACGACACUGGCUUGGCACCGCCUUCAAACUGAUCAGAAGGUAGCACAUAGGUAGGAUGUUAUUUUUUGCGUUUUAGUUAAAGUUAUUUUUUGAGUUGGAAGUCGGUUGAAUUUUUUUUAUUAAAAUUUUUAUUUUUUUAUUUUUAGUGUUAGCAUACCUACUGCGUGUGUACAGUCACAACCUAUCUAAGUGGAAAGUUCUUAUCAAUACAAAAUUAUCAAGUCCAAACACAAGGUAGCUACUGUGAGCCGUCGAGGAGUUCUCUUCACUGUGCUUCGUCUUCAUCGCCAGACCCUUAAUACAGUCACAUUCCAUCUAGGUGGAAAGUUCUCAUCAAUACAAAUUUAUCAAGUCCAAACACAAGGUAGCUACUGGGAACCGUCGAGGAGUUCUCUUCACUGUCCCUCGUCUUCAUCAUCAGACCCUUAAUACAGUCACAAUCCAUCUAGGUGGAAAGUUCUCAUCAAUACAAAUUUAUCAAGUCCAAACACAAGGUAGCUACUGUGAACCGUCGAGGAGUUCUCUUCAAUGUCCCUCGUCUUCAUCACCAGACCCUUAAUACAGAAUACAGUCACAACCCAUGUAGGUGGAAAGUACUCAUCAAUACAAAUUAAUCAAGCCCAAACAUAAGGUGACCGCUGUAAAUCCUUGACAAGUUCCAUCGUCUGUGUUUCAGCUCCAUCAUCAGACCAACUCCAAACCUUCAUAAAGUUGUAGUGGUUUAAAAUACCUUAUGGAAACACUAACAAACGCACUAGCCGUCUCUACAACUUUCGAAAGUUCCCCUCAAUUUCUCCAGGAUGCCAUCAUCAGAUCCUGACAUGAAAAAAAUGGGACCACCCUGGAAGUAAACCCUUCAAAACAAAAAAAGAAUUUUCAAAAUCGGUCCAUAAUUGACGGAAUUAUCGCUGGACAUACAUAAAAAAAAAAAAAAAAAAAAAAAAAAAACAUACAUACAGCCGAACGUAGAACCUCCUCCUUUUUGGAAGUCGGUUAAAAAUACCUAAAAAUCUUCACAGGUUUAAAUAAAAUAUUUCUUGUAAAACCUAGACCAUUGGUAUGUUGUGAUUUUGAGACUAGCUGAUUCUGUAUUUUUACCAAAUAGUUAUUUAUGCCACUGUCACGUAACUCGUGCUACAAUUGCUAAUUACGUGCAGUGCAUACUAUACUUUUUCUUUGACAUGAUGAUAAAAAAAUUAAAAGAAUAAUAAAACUUGGUCAGUAAUUUGUAUAUUAUUUCAUAAACUGAUAUAUACACUUGUUUAGCGCCAGCAGGAACUAGUGAAUCACAGUACGAAUUAAAAAAUAUAAAUAGGUUUUCUAAUAAUGUAAGUAAAUAUUAAACUUCAUUCAUUUCUAAAAUACCAAAUUGUAAAUUGGACUUUAACCAUUUCUUAAUUACUGUGUACAGGGCUUAAUUAUUGUUGUUUUCUGUAUGUUGAAAGUUUAUUUCUUUGUAUGUUUAAAUAAAAUAAACAUUAAUAAAAAAA